AAUUACGUCAGAGCCUCAGUGACCGUGAGCUGUUUGACAUGUUGGAAGGAAAAGAAACGUGCUGGUUGUAAAAAUGAUGAACUUAACCUCUUUAAUUCACAACCUCAGAUGCUCUCUGCUACGUAUUGAAAGCAGACUUCUGCAGGCGGCCGGACUAGACAGACACCUGGGUCCGGCACUGGCCAUAAAUGGCCCCAGUGUCCUGCCUCAGAUCAACCAGGAGCCUCAGCUGGAUGAGCAGCAGAACCCAGAACAACCCCCUGGCCUCCUGGACAGCAUCCUAUGGAUGGCAGCACCCAAGAAGAGACGCACUAUAGAGGUCAACCGCACCAGAAGGAGAGCUGAGAGCAAACUACUAAAAGUCAAGAACAACAUCGAGCCAUGUCCAGAGUGUGGCCAUCUGAAGCAGAAACAUAUCCUGUGUGGCUUCUGUUACGCUAAGGUGUGCAGGGAGACUUCUAAGAUUCGUCAACAGAUUCAAGCGAUGGAAGGCGGCCCACUGAGGGCACCAGCCGUAGAGACUGUCGUUGUGUAUGAGGGUGAAACACCAAACCAGGGGGACAAAGACAAGAGGAUCGUGGAGAUGGCCAGGAAGAGGCCUGGCUGGUUCAGCUAUUAAUCCCGAGUUAUUGAGGCAUUGUUUGAUACCUCAAGUGAAGAAUUAUGCAUCAGUUUUGUUUUCACAGAUAAAGUUCAUUCUGCUUGUUUGAUCAGAACUGAUAAAUACCUGAGUAUCAGGUGAACAUUUUCACUCAUCGCUGUGAACAUACUGUUUCAUUAAUGUGUGGUUACAACAGAAAAUAUCCAACAUGUCUUUGGAGUUGUUGAUGUCAUGUUUUGUUUGGUAACACUUUCAACUGAUUGUCAGAUUUAAAGUCAAGUGUGUCAGUUUUGAUGGAGCAAAAUUUACUGCAAUAUAUUUGAAUGUUCAACAAUAAAAUCAUUACUUGGGGGUGAAAGAAA